ACUGUUUGUUUACGAAAACAAUUAUUCGUCUCCGGAGAGAAAUAAAGCUUUAUAUUUUUCGAAGAUUUAUAUAUAACAAUAAAUACUUAUGUAACAUGAUCAAAGGCGAUAAAUUCCAUAUAAUUUUGUUGUAGAACCAAAAUCAAUCAACAAAAAAAAAUAUUUGCUAAUUAUUUUAUAAUGAAAUUAAGAAUUAGUGGAAUAUAAUACGAAGUGGUAACUGUUUCUUAUUGGGAAAAACAAACCGUUUCAGUUCGGUCCUGGCAAAAUACAAUCAGCUGUUUGUAAUGACAGUUCCUCUGACAAAUACAAAAUGGUUGAAAACUAAAGUUGGCAAACAAAGAAAAGGCAGCGUAAUAGCGAAUUUUAGCGUUAAAAACGUUUUUUUAAAGUGAAAGUUAGUUAGUUUAUAUUGUGUUUAGUGUUUUGUGCACGAUGUUGGAUUUAGAAAUCGUCCCUGAACGCUCUCUGGGCUGUGAUGCCUGGGAAUUCGUUCUAGGGAUGCAUUUCUCCCAGUCAGUGGCCAUCAUUCAAAGUCAAGUGGGCACAAUAAGAGGAGUACAAGUACUUUAUAGUGAUCAGAAUCCAUUGUCAGUAGACCUAGUAAUAAAUAUGCCGCAAGAUGGCAUCCGGUUAAUAUUCGAUCCGGUUGCCCAGCGACUUAAGGUUAUAGAAAUCUACAAUAUGAAAUUAGUUAAGCUUAGGUAUAGUGGCAUGUGCUUCAACUCGCCCGAGAUCUCCCCCUCCAUAGAGCAGGUGGAGCACUGCUUCGGGGCGACACACCCCGGUCUCUAUGACUCCCAGCGACAUCUGUUCGCGCUCAACUUCAGAGGACUCUCCUUUUAUUUCCCCGUUGAUAGCAAAUUUGAGGAUAUGUUUUUGUUCCAGCCUGGGUACGCCCACGGGCUGGGCUCCCUACAGUUCCCUAACGGAGGCUCUCCAGUCGUGUCGCGAACCACUAUCUACUAUGGAUCUCAACAUCAGCAAGCUAACAGCAGCAGCCCGGGCGGUGUAUGCGGCGCGCCGCUCCCCGAGCUCCCUCUCUCGUGUUACCGCCACCAGCUGCACCUGCGGCGCUGCGAUGUACUGCGCAGCGCUACGGCCACGCAAGGACUGCGACUGCAUAUGUUUACUGAAGGCCCAGGCCGAUCUCUCUCAGAAGGCGGCGCGGGUCGUUCAGUGUGCCGUGUGGUUCGCUUCGGUAGCUCGGCGCAGCGUGUAUGCGCUGCACUAGGCGCUCCGGCUCGAACGUAUUACAAAGCUGACGACAAGAUGCGCAUACAUCGCCCCACCGCUCGUAGGCGUCCGCCGCCAGCUUCUGAUUACUUCUUCAACUACUUUACUUUAGGAUUGGACAUAUUAUUCGACGCACGUACUCACCAGGUGAAGAAGUUCGUGCUCCAUACGAACUACCCGGGGCACUACAACUUCAACAUGUACCAUCGGUGCGAGUUCGAACUCACUGUGCAGCCUGAUAAAUGCGACACAAACUCGCUAGUCGAGAGUCGCGGCGCUGUGUGUAUCACUGCGUACAGUAAGUGGGAGGUCGUGUCGCGGGCACUGCGCGUGGCGGAGCGGCCCGUCGUACUCAACCGGGCCUCCUCCACCAACACCACCAACCCAUUCGGGUCCACCUUCUGCUAUGGAUACCAGGAUAUUAUUUUUGAGGUGAUGUCAAACAACUAUAUAGCAUCGAUUACGCUGUACCAGCCCGAGGGCUCGCGGCCGCGUUACGCUGUCAACUCCAUCGCGUGACAUUGCCAGGGAUCUCCAAGCAAAGGUAAAAAAUACACGUCCUGAACGAUUUCGGUUGUCAGUCACAACAUUAACCUACAUCCGCGUGGUUCCCCAUACAUACUUGAAAAUGUUCAACUUUCAACAUUAAUCAAAUAUAAUGACAAAACUUCAGCCGAAGUGACUACAUAUCUUUACCACGAAGCACCUAAGAGGAAGCAGUAUUUUUAAAAAUGUGAUAAAAAAACUGUGAAAAAAAAACUCGAAAAAAGUGAGUGACAGAUCUCAGACGGUGUGUUAAGUCUUAUUUAAUUCCUUAGACGGACUUCAUAGUUAAUGUUUUAUGUUUAAGCUUAAUUUAGUUCGUAUUUCAAUGAACAUUGAUUCUUAAAUAAUAGUCAAAUGUGUUCUUGUAAGUUGCUUCGCACGGCACAAGAAUAUAAUGCCGCAGACAAUGUAUUCUUGCGUCGUGAUCUCGGGAUAAAAAUAAUAAUUAGACAAAAAAAAAA